GGAACAGCCAUACAAGCUAAUUAUAGAUGUGAAAAUCAGGAAAGCCAAGCUGUUUCUGGGUCAGUUUUGGCAGGAAUACUACCGUUCUUGUGCAUGUUUCGAGAAAAAUAGAUAUAUCACCUGACUGAUAUCAUUCCGAGGGUCAUGCUAGGUGAAGCAGACAACAGCUGAAUUAGAGUCACAUUUUCUUUACUAUUUCUUUUGGUGCUAAGCCCAGAAAGAUGUCUAACGGUACAGCACAUAUGAAUGGACCUAGCACUGGGAAAUAUAUAGACACCAUAGAUCCAGAUGACCCGGAAUACCUUAAAGAGAUGAUGCGUCCGGCCGAGGUGAAGGAAGAUGUACGUCAGAUGAACGACAGAAGUCGUGUGUCCCUGGUCCUCAAUAGUGAAGCAUUUCGUCGGGAGCUGGAAGAAGUGGUGGAGGAAACAAUCAAGUCUGGUCCCCACCCUGCUAGUCUUCUGGCCCUCCAACAAAUCACAGAUCUGCUGCUGCCCCACUCCAAGGGUCAGUCAGGACUCAUAGGCAGAGGGACUGCCCCAGUUAUCCCCAUCAAUGACAUCAAAGGAACAGAAGGUCUGGGGUACUCCAAGGGAGAGAAGCUCCUCCGAUGUAAACUGGCAGCUUGUUACAGACUGGUGGAUAUGUAUGGCUGGGGACACGGCAUCUAUAACCACAUUAGUGUCAGGAUAAACCAAGAACAAGAGCACUUCCUGCUGAACCCAUUUGGAUUAAACUAUGGGGAGAUAACUGCCUCAUCACUAGCUAAAGUUGACAUGCAGGGUGACGUGAUUGAGAAAGGAACAACAACAUUAGGCAUCAACAAAGCUGGCUUCACGCUUCACUCGGCAAUCCACCAAGCACGACCUGACCUCAGAUGUGUCAUUCAUCUCCACACUCCAGCAGCUGUCGCUGUUUCUACAUUGAAAUGCGGUUUUCUGCCCAUGUCACAGGAAGCCCUUAUUUGUGGUGAAGUCAGCUACCAUGAAUAUAACGGAAUACUAGUCGACCAAGAGGAAAGAGACGCAUUGCAGCGUCACCUAGGACCAAACAAUAAAAUUAUGUUUCUAAGAAAUCACGGAGUUGUAGCCUGUGGUACAACUAUAGAAGAAGCCUUCCACUACGCAUUUAAUGUUAUGGCAGCUUGUGAAUCACAGAUUAAAGCCUUGCCAGCUGGUUUAGACAACAUAAUUUUGGUGGAUGAUGAAGUGCGGAGGAAGACGUUUGCCGUUGGCAGUCAGGGAGGGGGAGGGGUGGAUACCAGCGGGAAGAAAUGGAAGACGGGGGAGUUAGAGUUCGAGGCUCUCAUGAGGCAGCUGGAUAAUGCUGGUUAUAGGACAGGUUUUGUAUACAGACAACCAAUCAUCAAGUUGGAAGCCAAGCGAGAGAAAUGUAAUGAUGAUGUAGAAAUCCCACCAGCCUCUAGUUCAUUUACUUAUGUGUUUGAUGGAGACUACGAACACUCCAAAUAUAUGUCACCAAUUAAAGUAGCCAUUGAGAGACAGAAACAGCACUACAAAGCCGGUUGGUUAAACUCUCCCAAUACUUAUGUCAAGAAAGAACUGGAGGAAACUGGAACAACCAACCCUAAAAAGAUUACUAAGUGGGUACAAGAGGGUUCACCAUCUAACUCAGGUACACCUAUAAAGCUGGAAAAUCCCAACCAGUUUGCCCCGCAAGGGUCAGAUCCAAAAGAAUUCAAGAAAAAACAGAAAGAUAUAAGGAAAGAUUACUAUGAAGAUAAAGUAACUGCUGGGCCACAGUCGCGAGUUCUGGAGGGGCUAACGUGGGAGGAAGCACAGAAAUUACAGGAGGAAGGCAAACUAGAUGGUACGCUGAGUAUGGCGGGAGACAGUGUGAUUGUGAUCGGGGCGGCUUCUAAAGGCAUCAUACAGCGUGACCAACAGCACAACGUACAAGUCUACAAAUCACAGUACCAGGCUAAUCCAUUCGAGAACAUGACCCAGGACGAAAUCGACCGGUACAAAGUAGAGGUGGAGAAAAAGUCCAGAGGGGAACCAGUGACAUCUCCAACUGAGGAAUCUCUAGAACCGGGGCCUGAUGGGAAAUUAAUCUCAACCGAGGAGAGAAUGCAGAAUAUUCACCAGCAACAGCAACCAGAGCCAACUCCAGAGGAAAAGCCAGAGAAGAAACCGUCUGUAGAAGUUAAACCUCAAGUAGAACCACCCAAACCUGUAGCUGAUGAUGACGACGAUGUUUUUGUUGAUGAGUCAUCACUUCCUUUAUCUCCUGCCACUAAUAGUUCAGCCAAAGUUACCAGAAAUAAGAGAUCAUCUAGAAGCUCUCUUGGUUCCUCAAGAGAAACAAAUGUGGAUGACAUACUCAACUCUUCCUAUGGGAGCCCUAGCAAUAAUAAGGAGACUGAGGAGUCUAAGAGAUCCCAGUUACAGCGGUCGGACUCCGCGCGAGAGCCGCCUCGUAGUCCAGAAUUGAUUGAUGAGUUAAAAAAGAAGAACUUUGAACGAUCUAAAUCCGAUCGCUGGCCGCGUGAUCACAAGGUGAAUGGCGAUGAUAAGCCGGGAUCUCCUUCUAAGUCCGACACGCUGAAAUCAACGGACAGCGCCAGCGGAGGGGAAAACCUGGAGGAUCACAGCAGUAAAGAGGGAUCCCCAACAAAAGAUCAGCCAUCUCCAACUAAGGAUAAAAAGAAGAAAAAGAACAAAUUCAGGAUGCCAUCUUUCUCCAAGUCCAAAAAGAAGGAGAGUAAAGAGAGCACGAUCUAGAGCUAGCCCAUAAUUCCAGAGCUUCAUCCUUCCACACAGUUUAUCCUGAGAUUUCGUGUAACGGUCGGGAAUCUGCCCCAGACAGCAGACACUUGCCACUAGAGUGAUUUGCUUGUUCAUUGACAGAAUGUGAUUUGCUGCAUUGAUACAUGCAUUACAAACAAUAUCCUGCUUUAUUCAUUAAUGAUUUUUAAAGUGAAAACAUUUGCGGAAAGUAGAAGUACUGAAGACCACCAAUUAAAGCAAUACUUGUGUGUAUAAUCUUUGAACUUUUCCAUACUGUAAACCUCCUAUGCUAUGUGGUUUUUAGCGUCUUUUAUUCUGAUGGCUAAGAUGUUGUGCCUUUGACAGCAUGUGUUUUCAUACUGAGCUUCCGGGCAGGAAACAUGCUUUUGAUCUUUGACAUGUUAUCACUUUCGAUAUUCUGUAUGUAGUUUUGGAGAAGAAAGCUGGAUUGCUAUGUCUUAGGGAGGCGGUGGGGAGGGUGACAGCCUAUGGGCUAUUUAAAUUAACAUAUUUAAUUUUAUGUGUAUGUUCAUGCAGAGCUAUGCUUGUCUUCUCCAUUUUGAGCUUUUUUAUUUCGAGGAAGCAUUUUAUAUUACUGAUUGCAAUAUUGCAUGCUCUUUGUAAUAUCAAUUUUUUUCUUAGUAUCCAUAUUGUUACUGAUUUCAUGAGUAAACUUAUUCACAAAUAUAACCCAUGUCUAGAAAGGAUUAAAUGCUAGAACUGGAACUAGGAAAUUCAUAUAGUGGAUUGUACAUGUAUGUCAUUUUAACUUACAAGAGAAAUGUCUCGUCGUGUUGUCAAAGAUCUGAAUAUUUAUAUCUGGCUCUCAGAGGCUGUGUCUGCUCAUUUUAUCUGUAUCGUGUUGUAGGAAUGCUCUCUGAUAGGACUUCUUCUAUAGAGACGCCCUACUCAGAUAGAGGAAACAUUUUUUAAAACAUAAAAUUGAUGUACAUUUUUACAUUUUUUUUGUUUAUUAAGUCUUUAGUAUAGAAUUGUCCUAGCUAUAUGCUUUGAGUGUUGUGCAAUGUGUAUGGGAAAAUUUUAUUUUCACCACUGUGUUCGCAAGAUACUGCAAUAGAGUUAGGUUGUAGGUCAUCUUGGUGCAAAUCCCUUUUCUUAUUACCGAGGGCAGGUUUCAAAAUGCUGCUUAGGGGUGAUGUUAAAGCAGAGUAUAUGGAUGCUUAUAUAAAAAAAAAUAUUUCAGUCCCAGAUUAAAAGAUAAUUGCUCAACACACUGACCAUGCCAUUUUCAUAAUUUAAAAAAAUGUAAUACAUAUGAAAAAAUGUCAUGAACCAACUUUUAUAUUGAAUUUUGCAUAAUAUUCUUACACAACCUAAAUCUUGCAGUUGCAAUCCACAAUUGUAAUUUGGGCAUUAAAAUAGAAAACCAUAUCAGGUUAGAUAAUGUUUGAAAAAAAUAAUCAAGUGUAUAAAACAGCUUGAAACAUGUAUACUAAACACAAAUUAAUUUAAUGUCACUAAAUCCUAUUUUUUUAAUUUCUGAUUUAUAAAGUACAGGGCAAGUAGAGGAAACCCUUACAGUAAUUAUUUUUGUAAAGUAUUAGGUGUUUUCUUUUUUUUUUUCCAAGCUUUUGCAAAGUAAUGAUUAUGGAUCUAACUUUUCCCCCUUGGGUAAUCUUAAGGUUACUAAUAGGAAAGUGUCAGUCUGAAUUGAAAAACAGGUUAUCAAAUUUGGUUUUCAUUGCAGGAUUAUAGAAAGAAUGUCCAUGAAAUAUCCAUGUAAAUAUACCCUUGGAAAAUGUCCUCCCUAGCUUUAAUGUAGCAUGCUAUCCUGCUUUUGUAAUUUAUGGUCUAUAUUGGAAACAAAAACAUUCCCAGUUUCUUGCUUAACAUUUUGUGUUUUUUUCUUAAGCUUGUACAAAGGGAUUUUUCUCUGAACAAAAAGAAAAAAAGAGGGGAUAUUGGCUGACCUACAGAUUUUGAAUGUUUUUUGUUUAUUUGUGUUUCUUUUUACCAAAAUUAGGCCUGUGAUUUUUUUUAAUUUGUUCAAUGCCAUGUAUAUAGUCAUUUUGUAUGAAUACAACAACCAUGUGUAUAGGAGCCUUACUGCAGGAUAUAACUACUGCUAUCACGGACUUACUGAGUAUACUGUAUGUGCAUUCUCAUUUUGACUGUAGAACAGAAUAAUACAGAUUUAUGGUAGCUUU